CCCCCCCGGGCGGGCGUGGCGGUGUCGCUGUCGCCGCCCAGCCCCGCUGUCCCCGCCCGCUCCGGUGCGGCCGCGCCCCGUUCCGCGCUGCGCUCCCGCCGCUCCGGGCGCCGCCGCCGCCGCGUCCCGGGGCCGCCGAGCCCCUCCCGGCCGCUCCCCGCUCCUCCGCCCGGCUGCUGUCCGGCCCCGUUCCGCUUCCGGGCGCGGUUCCGCUUCCGGGGCCGGCGGUCGGGUCGGGCCGGGGCCGGUGCGGCGCCGGCGGCGGGGCCGGCGGCGCGGCACGAUGGCGGACCUGGAGGCGGUGCUGGCGGACGUGAGUUACCUGAUGGCCAUGGAGAAGAGCCGCGCCGCGCCCGCCGCCCGCGCCAGCAAGAGGAUCGUCCUGCCCGAGCCCAGCAUCCGCAGCGUCAUGCAGAAGUACCUGGAGGACCGGGGGGAGGUGACAUUCGACAAGAUCUUCACGCAGAGGAUCGGCUACCUGCUUUUCCGGGAUUUUGCCUUCAACCAGGCCGAGGAGGCCAAGCCCCUGAUGGAAUUUUACGAGGAGAUCAAGAAGUACGAGAAGCUGGACUCGGAGGAGGAGCGAGCCGCCCGCAGCCGCCACAUCUUCGACCAUUACAUCAUGAAGGAGCUGCUGGCCUGCUCCCACCCCUUCUCCAAGAGCGCCACGGAGCACGUCCAGAGCCGCCUGAGCAAGAAGCAGGUGCCCCCAGAUCUCUUCCAGCCCUACAUUGAGGAGAUCUGCCAGAACCUGCGUGGGGGCAUCUUCCAGAAAUUCAUUGAGAGUGACAAGUUCACACGGUUCUGCCAGUGGAAGAACGUGGAGCUGAACAUCCAUCUCACCAUGAACGACUUCAGCGUGCACCGCAUCAUCGGCCGUGGCGGCUUCGGGGAGGUCUACGGCUGCCGGAAAGCGGACACGGGCAAAAUGUACGCCAUGAAGUGCUUGGACAAGAAACGCAUCAAGAUGAAGCAGGGCGAGACGCUGGCCCUCAAUGAGCGCAUCAUGUUGUCCCUCGUCAGCACUGGGGACUGCCCGUUCAUCGUGUGCAUGUCCUACGCCUUCCACACGCCCGACAAGCUCAGCUUCAUCCUCGACCUCAUGAACGGGGGGGACCUGCACUAUCACCUGUCCCAGCACGGCGUCUUCUCGGAGGCGGAGAUGCGGUUCUACGCGGCCGAGAUCAUCCUGGGCCUGGAGCACAUGCACAGCCGCUUUGUGGUGUACCGUGACCUCAAGCCAGCAAACAUCCUCCUGGAUGAGUUCGGCCACGUCCGCAUCUCCGACCUGGGCCUGGCCUGCGACUUCUCCAAGAAGAAGCCCCACGCCAGCGUGGGCACCCACGGGUACAUGGCGCCGGAGGUGCUGCAGAAGGGGGUGGCCUACGACAGCAGCGCCGACUGGUUCUCGCUGGGCUGCAUGCUCUUCAAGCUGCUCCGGGGGCACAGCCCGUUCCGGCAGCACAAGACGAAGGACAAGCACGAGAUUGACCGGAUGACCCUCACCAUGGCCGUGGAGCUGCCGGACUCCUUCUCCCCGGAGCUGCGCUCCCUGCUCGAGGGGCUGCUGCAGCGGGAUGUCAACCGGCGCCUGGGCUGCAUGGGGCGAGGGGCGCAGGAGGUGAAGGAAGAGCCCUUCUUCAAGGGCCUGGACUGGCAGAUGGUGUUCCUGCAGAAGUACCCGCCGCCCCUCGUCCCGCCCCGCGGCGAGGUGAACGCGGCCGACGCCUUCGACAUCGGCUCCUUUGACGAGGAGGACACCAAGGGCAUCAAGCUGCUGGAGAGCGACCAGGAGCUGUACCGCAACUUCCCGCUCACCAUCUCGGAGCGCUGGCAGCAGGAGGUCACCGAGACCGUCUUCGACGCCGUCAACGCCGACACCGACAAGCUGGAGGCCCGCAAGAAGGCCAAGAACAAGCAGCUGGGCCACGAGGAGGAGUACGCCAUGGGCAAGGACUGCAUCAUGCAUGGCUACAUGGCCAAGCUGGGCAACCCCUUCCUGACGCAGUGGCAGCGCCGCUACUUCUACCUCUUCCCCAACCGCCUGGAGUGGCGCGGGGAGGGCGAGUCGCCGUCCCUGCUCACCAUGGAGGAGAUCGACUCGGUGGAGGAGACGCAGGUGAAGGAGCGCAAGUGCAUCCUGCUGCGCAUCCGCGGGGGCAAGCAGUUCGUGCUGCAGUGCGACAGCGACCCCGAGCUGGUGCAGUGGCGGAAGGAGCUGCGGGACGCGCAGCGCCAGGCGCAGCAGCUGCUGCAGCGGGUGCCCCGCAUGCAGAACAAGCCGCGCUCGCCCGUGGUGGAGCUCAGCAAAGUGCCCUUCAUCCAGCGCUCCCCCAACGGGCUCUGACCCCUCCCCGCGCCCCCUUCCCCCUUCCCACCCCACCUCUAAUUUAUUGGGUUGGGUUCCCGCGUGUCCCCCGCUCUCCGUGUGCCCGGGGGCUGGGGGGGGACGCGCCCGGUGCCGGCGUCACCCGGGGGCGCGGCCUGGCACCUUCUCCCCGGUGUGCCCCCCGCUCCUCCAGGAAGUCUCCGGCUCAGAUGAAGGCAGCCCCCGUCCCUCCCGCCCGCUCCCCAGUGCCGUGUGUGCCAAAGGGGCCGGCGGGGUCCCCAGCCGGCAUGUCCCCCCUCCCUGCGUGGCUGUGACACCCCCUCGUGCGCGUGCGUGGCUGUGUGUGAGUGUGUGCCCAGGGGGACCCCCUGUAAAUACUGUGCCACGGGUCCCCUGCGCCCCCCGCUCUGCCCCUGCCCCUCCUGCCCCUCCCCAGGGCACCCCCAGCCCCCUGCCCUCCCUCCUGAGGAGAAAGGAGCAGGUGGGACCCCCUAAAAUCAGCCACGGGUGGGCACAGGGGUGCCCCCUGCCCCCCAGUCCCCGGCAGCAUCUGUAAAUAUUAGUCUCUGGUCGCUCUGCUCCCGGGGCCGGGGGGGCACCGGGCAGGGGGGGCACAGGGCAGGGCCGGGGCAGUGGCUGAGUGAGGUUUUCAUGAGCAGAGAUGUGAGAAUGCCAAAAAAAAAGAAGAGUUUUUAUAAUAAAAAGAUGGAAAAACA